AUGAGGGCGGCUCUCAAGGUGCUUCUGCAGUGCCUGGUGCUCUUGCUCCCGACCCUAGCACUGCCAAGGAAAGGGAGCACUGGGGACUGGCUCUCCCCUACGGAGGAUCUAGAGCCACCUCUUUCAGCGGAGCUGGGACUCGAAGGAGAGGAGAGGAGAGAAAACACGAGUGUGCACGAAGGAGCGAGACCUGUCUCGUUGGCCAGAUCAAAGGUGGCCGUUGCUGCUCGCCUCUUCUCCAAGACUGACCCAGGAGCAAGAUGCCUCCAGGUGAUCACCGAAAACAGGGGCAUGAGCUGGGCUCGCUCCAGUCUUCACCCCUGGCCUCUCGGGGGGCUGGAAGGCCCAGUGUGCAGGGUGAAAAUGGAGCAGGACGGGAUGUCCCCGAGGCACCUGGAAGUCGUGGGUGUCCUCACCCGCUACGAGAGCCGCUUCAUCAAGCUCUUGAGACAACGCGCCAGCUGGGAGGGAGCCGAUCUCGAGACCUUUGGGAUGUGUCCGCCGGGGGAUGCGCACGCUGCCCUCCGCUCCCUGAGACACAUCCGCGCGCACCUGGCCGAGCCGCGCGACGACCGCUUCCUCGUGCUGCACCUGGAGGAAGUGACAUGGGAGGCCCAGGCCAAGCUGCGCUUCCAGCUGCUUUUCCAGGCGGCCGUGGGGCGCUCGCUGGGAGGGCUGCGCUUCGCCCUGCUGCUCUUCUACGUGGGCAGAGGCGCCGCGGAGCCAGCGGAGCUGCUGGCGACCGGUGUGUCUUUCCUCUCUGCACAGAGACUCUGCCUCUCCAGGGACACCCAGUUCUUGGUCCUCGGAGCCUCGGUAGCAUCCGUGAACCGCACAGACGAGCAGCUCAGCUUUGAGGUCUCCUUGGCGAUCUGGCACCGCGGUGGCGCAGGUGUCCCCCUGCCCUCCGCAGAAGUCCAGCGGCUCCUUUUCGGCUCCGAUGACAAGUGCUUCACCAGGAUGACGCCUGUGUUGCUCCUGCUGGCCAAGGCACAGAGGGAAGAAGAUUCUUUGGCCGCUUCCUCCUACCUCUCUGCUGCCGGGGUGGUGGAAGUGGCUCCGUAUCCCCUGCUCAGCCCCCCCGAGGCUGGCAGUGAGGAGCUGCCGUCGCCCACCCUGCCGAGCUGGGUCAACGCGUCGGCCCCCGCGCCCGGCGGCAGCAGCCAGUUCCUGGACAUCCUGACCAGGUUCAUCCGCCAGGUCCUGAGCCCCUCCAGCGAGCCGCCCACCCAGCCCAGCUCCCACCACUGGCUGGACUUCCAGAUGAUGGAGACCCUCCCUCACCAGCUGCUCAACCUGUCGGAGAAGGCGGCGCUGGAGCGGCUGGGGCAGUCGGAGGAGCCCUCGGUGCUGCUCUUCCCGCAGGACAGCGGCGCUCUGCUGGAGCAGCACCUGGGCGGCUGGCAGCCCGAGGGCACCGUGCUGCAGCUGCUGACGGGCAAACUGCAGGCUGUGAUCCAAGAGCUGCAGGACAUCCCCUCUUUCCAAGCCAACAUGGGGCUUUUCCAGCAUCUCCUGAGCUGCUGCUGCUCCGCGCCGGGGCCGGGUGAGGGCCAAGCCGGCGAGCAGCCGCCCGGCUCCGGGAAGCUGCACACGCUGCUGCUGCUCAAGGCGCUGCAGACGGUGCGUGCCCGCUGGCAGGAAAGGAGGAAAGUCCUGCGGCAGAACCGCAGCGCCCGCCACCAGGCGCACUGCCGCCUGCAGGAGCUCACCAUCGACCUGCAGGACCGCAAAUUCAUCGUCAUGCCCACGGUGUACGCGGCCAACAACUGCGAGGGCCCCUGCAAGCUGCCGCUCUCCACCCGCGUGCCCAGCUACUCCUCGCACACGGUGCUGCUGCUGGGCAUGCAGGAGCGGGGCUCGCCGCUGCGGCGCGCUCCCUGCUGCGUGCCCGUCCGCUACUCGGACCAGCUCAUCAUCAGCGUCUCCAGCGAGGGGCUGGAGGUCCGCAAGUUCCCCAACAUGGUGGCAGAGGAGUGUGGCUGUCGGUAGG